AUGAGGGCGAGUUUUCGAAUGCGCGAUCUGCUGAACCCGCAGCGCCUCUUCCAGCGUGCCAGAUACAGCUACCAACAAAUACCCACCUCUCUCUCGGUAGAGAAUCUCAAUGGCGCCCUGCAGUCACUCACAUCACAGAAUGGCGCCGCAUGGCCCGCUGGGAGACGGAGAUGUGGCAUCGGCAAGAUCUCGACCACCAAAUCCAUCAUACUCGCCCUCGUCACACUGCUCCUGAUUGCCGCGUUCGGUCGCCAGGGGCAUCAGAAGAUCCAAGAGUGGAGGGACUCGAGAUCGGAUCUGCCUUACCACUGGCAACACUAUCACAGACUCAAUGGCUAUUACUAUGGCAUCAAGGCACUGGUGCCCUACUCACAGUGGCAGCCGGAGAACGGGUACAACCAGUCGAUACCCAUAUCGCAGCAGGAGAAUGUGAAGCUCCCCAUCAACGAAGAAGGCCCACCCGUCGACCCGGUCAAAUUCGACCCGUACCCUGUCGACAGCACCCGCCAAAAGUGCUACCUGCACGCCACCGAGGAGGGCGAGGUGCCAGACGUCUACGCCUACCCUGGCAUCCCGCAAUACAUGACCGAGCCCUUCUACGGAGACUACAAGGCGCUCGGCAUGGAUGACGGCAUGUGCUUUGAAAGAUUCGGAAGAUACGCUGCAUACGGAUAUGGCUACAACGAGACCAUGGGAGGCAUGGGUCCCGGUAUCUUGACCGAGCAAGCAGGAGCCGAGAAGAUCUACGAGAAGACCGGAUUCGUGGACUACAGCAACGUGGAUUGGGGCACCGCACAGCAGCGGUGUUAUGAGAAGAACCAGGCCCGCCUCUCCGGCGCCCAUCCUCUCACGGGCAACCGGAAGAUCUCGCGCCAAGCUUACAUUCUGCGCACGUGGACCGGCUUCGACUACCAGCCUCACCACAUCUACGCCAUCCGCGCGAUGAUCACGGAGCUGAAUCUGAAGUCGGGAGGCGAGUACGAUGUACACUUCCUGGUACACGUGAAGGAUGACAGCGUUCCGAUCUGGGCAGAUGCCGACGUCUACCGGCGAGUGCUGGAGGAGAACGUGCCAAGAGAAUUCUGGAAUAUGGCUACUUUGUGGUCCGAGUCGCAGAUGGUGAUGUACUAUCCAGACCCCUUCCCUGGCAACUUUGCGAACAUGGCUGGAAGCAAACUGCAUGGCGUGUAUCGUAGUGCGCACCUGCCAUUACAGUGGUUUGCCCAAGAGCAUCCAGAGUAUGACCACUACUGGAAUUGGGAGAUGGAUAUUCGUUUCACCGGUCACUACUACGACUACUACACGAAGAUUGACGAAUGGGCGAGGCAGCAGCCGCGGAAGGGCCUGUGGGAGAGGAGCAAGCGGUUCUACAUCCCAGCAUAUCACGGUGACUGGGCGAACUUCACCAAGUUCGUCGAGCAAGAGAUUGAGACCAGGGACCGGCCGGAGAACAAUCCAGAGCUGAGUGGUCCAUCGCCGGUGUGGGGACCGGUCAAGGACUUCCCGAAUGCUGGCAUGCUUGAUUCGCCCGAAGGAACGUCACCUCCGACCUCGUACGAAGAGGACAACUAUGAGUGGGGUGUUGGGGAAGAUGCCGAUUUCUUGAGCUUCAAUCCAAUCUUCGAUCCUGCCCUGACCAACUGGGUCUUCAGCUGGGACAUCUCUGGCUACAACACCGAUAUGCCCCCACCGCCUCGCCGCGCCGCCAUUAUUACCGUCGCGCGACUCUCGAAGCGUCUGCUCGACAUGAUGCACAAGGAAGUGUUUGCGGCGAAGCACACCAUGUUCCCUGAAAUGUGGCCCCCGACCGUCGCAUACCACCAUGGCCUGAAGGCUGCCUAUGUGCCACACCCCGUGUACUUCGACCGCGACUGGGACCUGUCCCACAUGAAUCAGGUGUACAACUACCCCGAAAACCAAUGGGACUCACCGUUCGGCUGGGGAGAGCACAACAUGCUGGGCAGCAGUUUCUACUACAACAGUGGCUUCUCCGGCGCCCUCUGGCGAAGGUGGCUCGGCAUGGGCGAGAACAGCGAGGGUGGCCGAGUAUGGGAAGAAGUGGGAUCUGGUCGAAUGUGCCUCCGGCCGAUUGUUCAUCACCCCAUCAAGCACGAGAACGGACCCGUGGAUUGA